CGGCUCCUCCAGUCGGUGUAGAGUGUCGCACGUGUGUACCGGUUCGAGGUACGUAGGACCAGCGUGACUUUCCUCGAUUUCCUCUUUUUCGUUUAACGAUAUCGUUCUAUUUCGUUUUCGAGAUGGGUGUCCACGACAACGCGGAUUCCAAGUACAAUGUUAUGGGUACGUCGAGUUUCUCGAAAUUAGCACCGAAACGACCGAACACUGUCGUUUUUGGGGAGAGUCCCGCCAAAGUGCAGAAACACGAGGAGAGUAGCUCGAGUUUUUCGAACGUCGAGAAUACGGAAGCAGGAAACGCUAGCGUGCAUCAACAAAGAAAAUCAUUGCCAGUUUAUCGACUUCGCAAACGGCUUUUGGAGGAGAUACGAAGAUACAGUACGUUGAUCAUUAUCGGAGAGACCGGUAGCGGUAAGACGACGCAGAUUCCACAACUGUUGCUCUCCUCCGGAAUAGCCGGUGUUAGCGGUCGCGUGGGUGUAACGCAACCGCGAAGGGUCGCCGCAGUGAGCAUAGCUCGCAGAGUAGCGCAGGAGCAGGGGGUGGAAACCGGUAAGCUGGUGGGUUACUGCGUACGAUUCGAGGAUGUGACGUCGCCUCAAACCAGGAUCAAGUACCUCACCGACGGUAUGAUGGUACGGGAAGCGAUGACCGACGAGAUACUCUCGGAUUACUCGGUGGUGAUAUUGGACGAGGCUCACGAGAGAUCCGUUCAGACGGACGUCCUUCUCGGCGUCACCAAACGAGCACAGAAUUUGAGGAAGCUGAAGAACUUGCCGCCACUGAAAUUGCUGGUCAUGUCGGCGACGAUGGACGCCGACAAGUUCGCCAAGUAUUUCCACGCGCCCGUCCUAUAUCUCGAGGGUCGACAGCAUCCAGUGAAGAUCUAUCAUGCCGUGAAGAGUCAAGAGGAUUAUGCUUUUUCAAGCAUGGUCACGGCAUUUCAAAUCCACCGGGAGACACCGGCCAACGAGGACAUCCUCGUGUUCUUGACCGGACAGGAGGAGAUAGAAAGUGCCGUGGUUAAUGCGAAACAGGUUGCCAAACAGUUGGACGGCAAAGGAUAUCCACCGUUGAAGGUCUUUCCUCUCUACUCGGCCCUACCCACUCAUCAGCAAUUGGAAGCCUUCAAGCCGGCUCCCGCGGGAAUGCGAAAGCUUAUUUUCUCGACGAACGUUGCCGAGACGUCCGUUACGAUAGGUGGUAUUCGACACGUGAUCGAUACCGGCAUGGUCAAAGCAAGAACGCAUCAUCCAACGACCGGUCUGGACGUCCUGAAGGUGGAGCAGAUCUCAAAGGCGCAAGCUUGGCAAAGGACAGGAAGAGCCGCUCGCGAGGCACCGGGAAAAUGUUAUAGGACUUACACAAAGGACGAGUUCGAGAGGAUGAAGGAGAUGCCGGUACCGGAGAUACAAAGGUGUUCCCUGGCGGGAGUCGCUCUUCAGCUUCUCGCCAUUGGCGUCGAUAUUACUAGCUUCGAUUUUAUGGACAGACCACCGAAGGAAGCCGUCGACGUAGCGGUGACAUGUUUGGAAAAGCUCGCUGCCGUUAAAGGUUCUCCGCCGCAGUUGACUACUCUGGGAAGAACGAUGUCCUUGUUCCCCUUGGAUCCUCGAUUUACCAAAGUGAUUUUAGCCUCGGUAGAACAUCGAUGUCUCGAGGAAGCUCUCACGGUGGUCGCCCUUUUGUCCGGAGAAUCGAUAUUUACCGAUCCACCGGCCAAGAGGCAGCAAGCGUACGCCGCCAAGUCUCGAUUCGCUUCUCCCGAGGGGGACCACGUAACCUUACUCAACGUUUUUCGCGGUUAUACGAGCACCAGCAGCCAGAAAAAGGUUUGGUGCCACGAGAAUUUUCUACACCAUCGGAAUUUGGAAUAUGCCUCGGAGGUACGACAACAGCUCGCCACUUUGGCGGAACGUGCGAAUUUGGAGAAAGCCAGCUGCGGAACGAAUACCGAGCAGCUUAGGAAGGCCCUUCUGGAAGGGCUCUACGAGAACCUCGCGGAACUACAAAGGGAUCAUAGCUACGUCACGGUGAGCUCGAAACAGCCGGUGGCCAUACAUCCAUCCUCGACGUUACACGGUACGAAACCAUCUCUGAUAUUGUUCACGGAAAUCGUUGCCACCGGCAAGUGUUACCUCCGUGAUUUGUCCGUCAUCGAGAAUUCCUGGCUGUCGGAGAAAGGAGCCGUUUCGGUUAAACACGAAUGAUCGAUACAGCCAACAAUGAAAAUUACCGUUCCACGUAUCGAAUAAAAGUUACGUCCGAGUUAA